AUGGCCUUGACAGACCCAACGUCACAAUGGCUUGCUCUCUCUUUGGUUCUGGAUAAAUUGUUGGAGCCAAUAGACAUUGUUCGUUUUGGCGCUGUUUGCAAACAAUGGCAUACUUUUGCGAAAACCUAUUUUCAAACAAACCCUAAACGCAACCACCAGAAGCUACUUCCGUUGCUCAUCAUCCCACCACCACUUGAAUCCGAUGACGGAAAUAAGACCCGAAGAAGAAUAUACAGCCUUUCGGAAACAAAAGUGUACGACAACAUUCACUUAAAACUUCCUUCCUAUACGAAAAGGUGUUGCGGCUCCUGCCAUGGUUGGUUAGCCACAGUAGAUGAUGAGCGUCUUGCUAUUACUCUCCAUAAUCCUUUCCAAACUGCAGCCGACCCCAUCCGUCUCCCUCCUUUGGAUUUCCUCGAUUUCCAGUUCACUGUCCUACCGCACCACAAAGCUAAGGGUCUCUAUGGAUAUUACGUCGCAAAAGUUGUUCUCUCAGCCGACCCUAUCCUAAGUCCCGACGACUAUGUUGUCGCGGUGCUCUGCGGUGUUUAUGCCAAGUUGGCUUUCAUUAAAAAAGGCCAAACAAGCUGGACUCUCGUCCCCGCCAAAGACGACGACGGCGACGACUUGUACAUGAAGGACCUCGUGUUCCAUAGAGGUAAACUAUACACAGUCGGAGAUGGUGGAUUAAUGAUGGCCGUGGAUUAUAAUGAUCAUAGCAGCAACAACAACAACAAAGCAGUAACGGAAGGAAGGAUACUUGUACCCGACAGAUUCAGUCAACUCGUGAUUAUCUUGUUGAGUCAACAAAGGGAGAGCUAUUCCUUCUCCGUAUAA